CAUUCCCAGAGCAGCCCGGUUUCCUCCUGUCCGGCUGGGGGUGGAUUUCCCCUCGAGAAGCCAAUGAACAAAAGCUGGUGUAUUCCCGUCCCCGCUGGGAGGAAGCGUGCUCUGCCUCCUGCCCAGCUCUUCCUGCGGGAUGCUGGCGGAGCGAGCUGAGGGCUGCGGCGGGAUGGAGGCAGGAGGCAGCAGGAAGGGAGCGCAGAAGCCGUAGCUCUGGGCUGUGCUCCCUGGCUCCGCUCCACUCCUCUGAAAUAACUGCUCUGCCUUGGUCUAGCUGCACAGAGAAGCCAAGGCCGGCUGCCUGUUUCCUCCUUCAGCAAACCGAAGGGAGCCGUAUUUUUUUGCACUGGCUGCAGCAGGAUCUCGAUGGGGAAGCUGAUCUCCAAAGGCUGGCGCAAAAGAGACGCGCGUGUGGUCAUGCUGGGCCUUGACCUCGCUGGGAAAUCCACCAUCCUGUACCAGCUGAAGGGCGGCCGGGCCAUGGAGACGUGCCCAACGGUGGGCUUCAAUGUGGAGGCUAUGCGGACGCCCUGUGGCGUGUCCUUCAACCUCUGGGACGUCGGGGGACAGCCCAGCCUCCGGGCCAGCUGGCACCACUACCUGGAGGACACCAACAUCCUGGUCUUCGUCCUAGACAGCGCAGACGUGGCUCGGCUGCCUGAAGCGUUGGCGGUGCUGGAGGAGACCCUAGGUCACCCUGGCCUGGCCGGAGUCCCCGUCCUCCUCCUGGCCAACAAGCAGGAGCUGCCGGGGGCCAUGGCUCCCGCUGAGCUGGGGCAGGAACUGUGCAAGGGACGGCUGGCAGGGCACCCAUGGGUGCUGCGGGGCUGCAGCGCCCACACUGGGCAGGGCUUGCAGGACGUCCUGGGGGUGCUGGGGGAGUUGCUGCGGGGCGUGAGGCAGGGACCCCCGGCCCCAGAGCCGCCCCUCAGGUGAACCACGGGAUUCUGCUUUGCUGGAGGUGCCUAUGAGGGACGGAAGUGUUUUGUUGGUUUUGUUGUCCUCCCAGCUCCACGCUGCUAUCCUGGUGUAGCAGGACUUGCAGCCGCUGUUCAGCUGUAGGAUGCCACCUACGGGUAUGAGCUUCAAGCCACGGAAGUGAAUCAGGAUUAGCGCUGAUGGACAAUGUGUCUGUAUUAAUUCCUUGUUCCUUGGGGGUUGGAACUAGAUGAUCUUUAAGGACCUCUCCAACCAAAGACAUUCUAUGAUUCUUGUCUUGGGUUAUUCUUUUCCUUUCGUUAUUUUUAGUGAAUACUGUUUUCAGGAAAAUGGCACCUGUUUUCCCUUGGAUUAUAUUUAAAUAUAAGGAAAUUGAAUUCAGA